UUAAUAACCCCCACAUCUUCAGGAUUUAUUUUGUGAACGGCGAUGCUCUACCGCGGAUGGCAUGUAAAGGAAUCGCCGACUUUUGCCCUUCAGCGUUGUGCGCAUGCGAGAGACUUCCGGGUGUAAACAAAAACAUGCAACAGCUUCCGUUUGACCAGAGAGGCCAGUAGUGGGACGAUUUUAUGCAAACUAAUGCCGAAUUAAAAGAAUUGCACAAUGUCCGAAUUCACACAGAAUCAUAAACAUAGAUUUUCAAAUAACAUAUUUGGGAAAUUAAAGUUAAAAAAAAAGUUAAUUUGGGGAUGAGUUUCACUUUAAGAACAAACGUCUGUGUAAAUGGAUUGCUUGCUCCUCCACUCAGCUGUGUGGGUUUAUGAAAUUCUCGGUUUCACUUUCGUUUCUUGGUUAAACGGAGAAAUUUAAGUUUCGUCUGUCAACUCAUCUGCUGAGCUCUGCGACGUCUGCUCCCAAAGGCCACUAUGGAGAAAAAAAGCGAAGACAAACCCAGUGUGGGUUUCUCGUUUGGAAGUGCCAUCAGCUCCUCCUCCUUUGUACCUCUAAGCAAUCCUUCGCCUCCUCCUUUUACUUUGACCUCAUCCAGCUUCACUCUUUCCAAUCAGUUACAAAAUGACAGCACGAAAGAGAAAAAGAAGGAAAAACCUGUAGGAAUCCCAGUUUUCACAGGAUUUCAGUCAAAGCUGGAAUCUCAGUGGAGAGAUGUUCAGUGGACCGAAGAGCAAAAGAAAAGCCUGAUGAAGGCUGUUAGCUCCUACAAGCCCAGCUGUAAGGAUAUGCCUCAGGCCCGGGUUCUCCUCCUCGGACCGGUUCGUUCUGGAAAGUCCAGUUUCAUCAGUUCAGUCCAGUCUGUGUUUAAUGGGAGAGUGACGAACCGUGCCAUGGUGGGCUCCUCCUUCAACACCAGCUUCACUAAGAAGCUACAGUCCUUCAACAUCCGUGGUCAGAAGGGGGAGGACAACACUGGACUGGUGCUGUGUGACAUCAUGGGCCUCGGCGACGGAGAGACGACCGGGUUGACUCUACACGACAUCCUGUCUGUGAUUAAAGGCCAUGUUCCUGAAGGGCACAAGUUCAGUCCGGAUCAACCAGUUGGCACAGAAACGGCGGGGUACAUGAAGACGCCCAGCCUCAGGGACAGAAUCCACUGUGUGGCCUUUGUGGUGGACGCCUCAAAAAUCUCAUCCUACCACAAAGGCUUCGGCUCCACCUUCAAACAGCUGCGAGAGUACAUCAGCGAGCUGGGGGUUCACCAAGUGGCUCUGCUGACCCACGUUGACCAAAUUUGUCCAGAGACGGCUAAAGAUGUGAGCAAUGUUUACAAGAGCCUGAGCGUUCGAGAGACGAUGAACAAAGCCGGAGCUCUUCUGGGCAUGUCCACCUCCUACAUCGUUCCAGUGAAGAAUUACGUAUCAGAACUGGACGUGGACGUGAACACUGACGUGCUUCUGCUCAGCGCCGUUGACCACAUCCUGCAGUACGUCGACAUGUAUAUUCAGGACUACGUUCCUCGGCACACAGGGCCAAAGAUAAUCUGAUGCUCUUCAAACAUGUUUUCAUUUGAAUGUUUUUUAUGGUUUUGAAAACUAGCUGUAAGAAAAGUUGACUUGUAAUAAUAGUAAUUUCUAUUGAACAGACUUACUAACUUACCAGCAGGUAAACUUUUUGAUAAAAAACAAACCAGCUGCCAGAAUACUUACUGUUUAGCAAUAACUUGAACAGAUUUCUAUUUUGGUAUCAGAAAGUUUCAGCAAAAGUUCUGUAAGUGUACUAAGCUAUUUCAGUUUCUAUGAAUUGUUACAAUAAGUCUGGAUUUGGUAGGAUAAAAGCAAAUCUGAUAUGAGGACUUAAGGGGAAUAAACGCUGCAGCAAACUUUCAAGCAAGUUAUCUAUUUUUCCAAGCUUUAACAGCUAACUGAGUGGACUUAUUGUUUUGUGUUGUCUACUAAACAACUUUUGAAAUUGCACAACUGUUUGAAUAAUUUUGUGAAUGAUGAUGUUUGGCAGAUGCCAAAACCAGUUGUGGUCUGAAGAAAAUGGAAAUAAAGAUAAACAGAUUUCAGUUUCAA